UUUCCGCAACACGUUGACUCAGGAACCAGGAAGAGCUGCCGGUCAUACAUUUCAACCAUUCUUACGAAUCUGUAUUAUGCUAACAUUUGCACUGACUAUCGUUCGGCAUGGGGAAACACAAUACAACAGAGAUAAACUGCUUCAAGGUCAGGGCAUUGACACCCCGCUGUCAGACACGGGACAUCUGCAGGCAGCGGCAGCUGGCCGGUACCUGAAAGAUCUGCACUUCACCGAUGUCUUCGUCAGUAACCUGCAAAGAGCCGUCCAGACAGCUGAAAUCAUUUUAGGAAACAACCUUCAUUCUUCUGCGACCGAGAUGAUAUCGGAUCCAUUACUCAGAGAGAGGGGUUUUGGGGUGGCAGAGGGAAGACCAAAGGAACAUCUGAAGAACAUGGCGAAUGCAGCGGGUCAGGCGUGCCGAGAUUAUACACCACCCGGCGGAGAGACACUGGAACAGGUAAAGACACGCUUUAAGAAGUUCCUCAAAUCCUUGUAUCUGCGCAUGUUAGAGGAGCACGGCUCAGCCGACCAGUGUUCUGCGUCCACCUCUGGACCAUCAGAACUAGAACAGCCUGUGAUUGCUGGACUAGCUAACGAUGGAGCCCAGAAUGUACCCAUCCACGCUCUGAUCGUCAGUCACGGGGCAUUUAUCCGUGUGUCCGUUCGCCACCUAGUGGAGGACCUGCAGUGCUGUUUACCUGCAGGCCUAAAGAUGAACCAGGUUUUUUCCCCAUGUCCAAACACAGGCAUUAGCAGGUUCAUCAUCACCCUCUGCAGAGAGGAGAGCGGCCCGCGGGCCUCCAGCAUCCAAUGUGUCUUUAUCAACCGGAAAGACCACCUGGAUGAUGUCAAAAACUCUGAUUGACAGUGUUAUGAGGUGUAUCUAAGACUGGUUGGUUUAUCUGCCAUGGCCAGUGUUUGUAUUUAUUGCUCUUUACAAACUCAACGACUGAAGCACAUACAAGUCUGUGUGGUUGAUUUUAUUGUGUAAAUUAUUUAACUGUUAUGCAUUUAAAAAACGUAUAAUUGCAUUAAAGGGAUUUUGUCAUCAUUUAGUCACCCUUGAGUUAGUCCAAACCUGUGUGAGUUUCUUUUUUCUGUUGAACACAAAAGAAGAUAUUUGAAGAAUUUUGGUAACCAGACAGCCAAGUCAAUGGCUACCACAAAGAAACUUACAAAGGUUUGGAACAACUUAAGGAUGAAUAACUGAUGACUGAAUUUUCAUUUUUGCAUGAAAUUUUUCCCUUUAAGUACACUGCAAAAAAUAUUUUCAUACUUAGUACUUUGGUCUCAUUUCCCUUUACAAAUAUCUAAAAUUUAUUAAAUCAAAAUGCAUUCACUUAAUAAGGAAAAUGAACCAAGAUAUUGACAUAUUUCGAUACUCAGAUGAAUCAAAAUUAAGUGAGUUUGAUUAAAACAAGAAAAAAUAUCUAGAAAAAUAAUUUAACAAUUUUAUGUUUGUUUAUGUUUUUUUCUUGUGUUCCUCAUUAACUGACUUGAUGUUGAUCCAUUUGAGAAGCUAUUAAGAUAUUAAGUUUUGUUUUUCAAAAUGUACCAAAAUUAAGUAAGUUUGAUUAAAACUAGAUUGAAACUAUUUUAUUUCUUGUUUAAAUCAUCAACGCACUUAAUGUUGAUCAAUUUGAGAAGCACAGUGACUUAAGAUACUGAAAACUGCUUUGAAACAGUAAUGAUCUGCAGUGAUGUUGAUGCAUUUUAUUCAUCCUGUCAGCUGACUGAAUGCAAACAGUCGUAAGACGUCUUUUUGAUGUUGUCCGUUAUAUCAGCACUUUAUACUCACACUACUGUGGUUUUGGCCUUUAAAACACUGAAGUAUUCACACAUACUGUACAUUCGUAUUUAUGUGUAUGCAAUAAAGACAUUCAGAGAAACGUAAAUCCAAAAUAGUUU